AUGUCCCAAGAUACUAAUGAACCAAAGGUUAACAAUAAUGACGGUGAAGGUUUAGAUAGAAAAACAUUAUUCGUACGUUCUAUACCGUUUGAAUCAACAUCAGAAGAAUUAUCUGAAUAUUUUUCCCAAUUCGUUCCUGUUAAACAUGCAGUUAUUGUAACUGAUGAUGAGCAGAAAUCAAGAGGUUUUGGAUUUGUUUCAUUUACUGAAGAAGAAGAUACUUUAAAUGCUUUAGUUAAGUCUAAAACCACUAAAUUUAAGGGAAGACUCUUGAGAGUCGAUAUUGCCAAAAGAAGAGACCGUAAAACCGAUAAUAAAGAAAAGAAAGAAGGCUCAACUAUUGAAAAAAGAAGAUCAAGAUUAAUUAUCCGUAAUUUACCAUGGUCAUGUAAGAAACCUGACCAAUUGAAAACAAUCUUUUCCAAAUAUGGUGCUGUUUUCGAUGCUUAUAUUCCUAAAAAGAAGAAUGGUCAAAUGUUAGGGUUUGCAUUUGUCGUGAUGAAGAAGAAAAUUGCUGCUGAAAAGGCUGUCAAGGAAUCAGUUGGAUUGAAAAUUGAUGGUAGAGAAGUUGCUGUUGAUUUAGCUGUCGAAAAGUCUAAAUGGGAAGAAGAUAAAGUAGAAGAAGAGGAAGAAAGUGAAGAAAGUGGAGAUGAGGACGAUAAAGAAGAAGAAGAUGAAGACGAGGAAGAUGAUGAAGAAAAUGAUGAAGAGGACGAAGAAGAUGAAGAUGAAGAAGAUGAAGACGAUAUGGAAGAAGAUGACGAAGAUGAUGAAGCUGAAAAAGCCGAAGAAGAACAAAAACCAAAGAAGAAUAAACAAGAAGCAUUUUCCAUCUUCAUAAGAAACAUACCGUAUGAUACUACUGCUGAAGAUUUGAAAGAGCAUUUCCAAAAAUUUGGACCUGUCAAAUACGCUUUACCUGUUGUUGAUCGUCAAACAGGUCUCGCUAAAGGAUCAGCUUUCGUUGCUUUCUUCAAAGAACAACCAUAUGCUAAAUGUUUGGAUAAUGCUCCGAAAGUUGAUAACACUACAUUAUUGAUCUCUGAUGAUGUUUUACCUGAAUAUGUAUUCCAAGGAAGAGUUUUAAAUAUUUCUAGUGCUGUUGAUAGAAGAUCAGCCAAUCUUUUAGCUGAAAGAAACUCCGAAAAGAGAAAGGAAGCUUUAGGAAAAGAAGUAGGUGAUAAAGAUAGAAGAAACAUGUUCUUGUUAAAUGAAGGUAGAAUCACUGAAAAUUCCAAAUUAGCUCAAUAUAUCACUAAAACUGAUAUGGAAUUAAGAGAAAAAUCUUAUAAAUUAAGACAUCAACAAUUACAAAAGAAUCCUUCUUUACAUUUAUCAUUAACCAGAUUGGCUAUUAGAAAUUUACCAAGAGCAAUGAAUUCCAAAGCUUUAAAAGCUUUAGGACGUAAAGCUGUUGUUGGAUUUGCUACUGAUGUUAAGAAUGGUGAUAGACAACCAUUAUCAAAAGAAGAAAUCAGCAGAUCUAUCAAAUUGAAACAUGACGAUAAAGAAGUUGAAGAAGUUAAAACCAAGAAAUCCAAACAUGCCGGGGUUGUCAAACAAGCUAAAGUUAUUAAUGAAGUUAAAGGUUCAGGAGAAACUGGUAGAAGUAGAGGUUAUGGGUUCGUUGAAUUCAGAGAUCAUAAAUCUGCAUUAAUGGGAUUAAGAUGGUUAAAUGCCCAUGAAGUUACUCCAGAAGAAAUUUUAGAAGGUUUGAAUGAUGAGGAAAAGAAGUUAGCUGAAUUGACUGGAUUAAAUAAAAGAAGAUUAAUUGUAGAAUUUGCCGUUGAAAAUGCUCAAGUGGUUAAGAGAAGAAAAGAUAAAGUAUUCCAAGCCCGUACCAAUGGAAAACGUAAAUUUGAAGGAGAAGAAGGAGAAAGAGACGAAAAGAAUAAAAAAUUUAAAGGUAAAAAGGGUAAGCAAGGAAAUAUGAAUAAAGGCCCCAAACCUCAAGAAAAACCGGAAAAACCUUCUUCUUCCACAGAUGAUAAUAUCAAAAGAAUUAUCGGUAAAAAGAGAAAGCAAAGAAAGAACAAAAAGUAG